AUGGAAAACAUCAAGCAAGUCAUGUCUAAGCUCGUCCAAGAUCUCAUCAUCCCAGAAAAGCGAGAAGAAGCCCUCGUUGAACUUUCACGAAAUCGAGAAUCUUUUACAGAGCUUGCCCCAAUUCUUUGACAUUCAGUAGGUAUAUAGAAGUUUCCUAUGUUUGGCGCUGUAAGGCCGAUAAAUUCUGAUCGGAAUUUAUCGGUUGGUUGCACCAAAUCAAUGCCUUGGUCGGACCAAAAAGCGAUUUGGUCCGACGAACUUGGAAAGCUCCUGGGAAAAUGUCUGCGCUUUCAGCGCUAUAUAGAGGAAAACCUCUAUACCAUUGCAGCACUUCUUCAAGAAAUCGUUGACGUCUACCCACUUCUGGUCCCUCCCACCCUCAGUGUUACAGCUUCAAACAGGGUCUGCAACGUCCUCGCCCUUUUGCAAUGUGUUGCCUCUCACACUGAAACCCGCAGCCUCUUUUUAUCAGCUCACAUUCCUUUAUUUUUAUACCCAUUUCUCAAUACAAUCAGUAAUUCCCGACCUUACGAGUAUUUAAAGCUAACUUCUUUAGGUGUUAUAGGUGCUUUAGUGAAGGCAGACGACCCUGAAGUUAUCAAUUUUUUAAUUCAUACAGAAAUUAUCCCAUUAUGUUUAAGAAUCAUGGACAGAGGUAGCGAAUUAUCGAAAACAGUGGCGACUUUUAUUAUACAAAAAAUCCUAUCAGACGAAAAUGGCUUAGUUUAUUUAUGUCAGACUUUUGAUAGGCUUCAUACAGUUUGCAGUGUGCUUAACAAUAUGAUUGAUACUAUGAAAGAAACCCCGUCACAGAGGCUGCUGAAACAUAUUGUAAGGUGUUUUCUAAGAAUUUCAGAGCAUGCGAAAGGCAGAGAAUUUUUGAGAAAAUAUAUCCCAGCGUCGUUUAAAGAGCCAACUCAGGCAAUGAUGAUGGACGAAAACACGAGACGCUGGCUGACAACAACACUUUAUAAUUUAGGUAUGACAAAUCCAAUAGAAAACAAAAUCCCGGCUUUUCAAGUCUAA